GGGAUCCAAGUGAGGCCAUCGACCUCCUUGUCUCUUUUCUCCUGUGGCCUUCUCGUCUCGCGGCCCAGACCCCAGAAACUGAGAUGGCAUGUGCUCUGCUCACCAAGCGACGCAUCUGGUCGGCCAUUCCUUCCUUCCUUCCUUCCUUCCCUCCCUCUCCUCCCUGCUGCCUCCCAGCUCCCCCGCUGCUGCUGCUGCUGCCGAGCCAGCUGACCUCCACUCCUCCGCCACCGCCACCCCCAGCAAAUUGAGCUGCAAAGCAAGCCCCUUUUUCUCUGCUCUGCACCGGUUGCGUUGCGUCCCUUUUCCCAAGGGUGCGGUGCCCUGCCCCUGCGCUCCUCUUCGCGGGAUCAGAUUCGCGUGGGCAGCGACAGCGCGGUGGCGAGCGGUUGAGGCCUUUUUACUGUUUCUUGAUUACUCUAGUAGUAUAUAUCAGGAGCCUUUCUUGCUUCCCUUUUGGUGGGUUCUUCUUUGAUUAGUUAACCGCCCAUACCUGCAGCGCCAAUCUCUAGGCGCGGUAGUUCUUGGCUUCUUGCCAAACCGCAACCACCACCAGCAGCGGCGGGACGUGGAUGAGAGCCCGCUUUGCCCGGUCUCGCCCUCUCUCUACUCUCUUGGCAGUUCCUGGGGCUUUCGUUUCUUGGUGCCAGUUGCAGAAUUGAAGGUUUCGCAUCUCUGGUUUGGGCCUGACGACCGACUGGGUUGAUCGGUGGUGAAGAAAAGGAGUGGUCUUUCGGUUGGGGGGCAAGGUUGUCGAUGGAGCCGCCGUCUGGGAUUGGGGCCUCUGUCUGGACCUUCUUCAAGUUCCUGCCCUUCUUCGUCGGCCUUCUCCUCCUGGGGAUCAUCAAAGGUGCUUUGCUCUUCCCAUGGGCAUGGCUUAUUAUGAUGAUCGGAAUCUCUUCACUCGUUAUUGGCUUAUGGCCUAUGCAUGUGAUUUGGACAUACUACUGCAUCAUCAGAUCCAAGCUUGUGGGACCUGUUGUAAAGCUGCUACUUCUUCUUGCUGCAUCUGUCGUUUUAGUAUUGUGGCUUAUUCUUGGGAUCGUGGGAAGCGUCCUAGCUGGUUUGGUGUAUGGUUUCCUAGCUCCAGUAAUGGCUACAUUUGAUGCAGUUGGCGAAGGAAAAGAAAGACCACUAUACCACUGUUUUGUGGAUGGAACAUGGAGUACUAUCACAGGAAGCUGUACGGUAGUUAGGGAUUUGAAAGAUUUACUAUUCCAUUCAUAUUUUUCAAUAAUGGAUGACCUUCGUUUUCAUGCACCUCCUGAUGGAAAGCCAUAUGAAAUAAGACUGCUUGACAUUCCUGGUGCAUUAUUCGCUGCUGCAUGUGGGCUUCUAGUGGAUGGAAUAAUGUUCACACUAAUUGCUUUCUACAAGUUCCCUGUGAUGCUUUUCAAAGGAUGGAAGCGACUAAUCGAAGACUUAGUUGGCAGAGAAGGACCUUUUCUGGAGACAGCUUGUGUGCCAUUUGCUGGUCUUGCUAUUCUUCUCUGGCCGUUUGCUGUUUUCGGAGCUUUUCUAGCCUCUGUCAUCUCCAGUGUUCCUUUAGGUGCUUAUGCUGCUGUUGUGGUUUAUCAGGAAUCCUCGCUUGUCAUGGGACUAAAUUAUGUAUUAUCAUCAGUGUCAAUCUUUGAUGAAUAUACAAAUGAUGUGCUUGACAUGGCACCAGGAUCCUGCUUUCCCAGGUUUAAAUACAGGAAAAAUGAAGCUUCGACAGAGAGUGGUUCGUUAUCAAGGCCUGUCUCAUUCAAGGACAAGCAAGAUGGGAAGAAAGCUCCAUCACGUGUUACAUCAUUUAAGGGCAGCUUUGAAGAGUUCAAUCCAUUUAAGUUGCUAGAUCACCUUUUUGUGGAGUGUAAGCACCACGGUGAGGUUUUGGUUGCUGAAGCAGUGAUAACUCCAAAAGAUAUCGAAGAAACAAAGUCAGGAAAAGUUGGAAUACUUAAUGUUGGCUUGCCUGCAUAUGUUAUUCUUCAUGCCCUCAUCAGAUCUGCAAAAUCUAAUUCUGAUGGCCUAAUUCUAAGUGAUGGUUCUGAAAUAACAUCUGACAACAGGCCUAAAAACACAAUCUUCGAUUGGUUCUUUGAUCCUCUGAUGGUCAUCAAAGAGCAAAUAAAAGCACAGAAUUUUACAGAAGAGGAGGAAGCAUACCUCAAGAAGCGAGUGCUACUGACCAGUGAUCCGAAGCGCCUCAAGGAGUCUCUUCCUCAUCUGCCAUCAUUGAACGAGCGAAAACAAGCUGAAAUAGACGCACUUUCCCGGAGAUUGCAAGGGAUCACCAAGACAAUAUCAAGGUACCCAACAGCGAAGCGCCGUUUCGAUGACCUAGUCAGAUCACUCUCUGAAGAGCUUGAGAGGACAAUGGGUGGCAGCCAAUCUGGCAGUGGAUCCCAGAUGCGAAAGCUCAGAAGUGGCAUCGGUCGAAUGCUUAGCCAGAGAUCGAUGGGGAAGAGGACUAGCAGCCGUGGUGAUGAUCAGGAGGCACAGUUGACAAGUGACCCUUGAUAUUUUGGGCAGAAAGGCCAAAGAGAAGCUCCCCCCAUCGUCUUUCUAGAGCUACUUUAGUUGACUUAAUUUGUACAAAAGUCUUUAGAACAGUGUAUGAAGCUAACCCCAUACACUCUUGAAUGAACUGUAUGUUGCAAGAUUCUUUGUUUUUAGGUGGUGUUUAGAUAGCAAAAUUUUUUGGGAAAUAUGUUACAUCAAAUGUUUGACCUGAUAUUGGAAGAAGU